AUGAUUCUAGGGUGCGAUUCCACGUCAGCAAAAGGCGAUUUUAUUGGCGAUUUCUCAAGCGAUUUUCCGGCGGUUUUCACUCUCGAAGGCAAGGGACAGGGUCUUCGGGCAACUUCCCCCGCCGUCAGCUCGCAUGGAGGAGCCUGCGUUUGUGGGCUCGCAGGGCUCGGAGGGCUCGCAGGAACCGGUUACACAACCGCAAACUGCGAAACCAUCUUGGAAGUCCGUGGUGACAAAAUCGGCGCUCGCACGACAUGA